AUGUCGUUCAUGGGGGGAGCCGAGUGCUCCACGGCGGGGAAUCCCUUGAGCCAGUUCCAAAAACACGUUCAAGAUGACAAGACUCUACAGCGAGACCGACUCGUUGGCAGAGGACCUGGAGCCCAGAUGGGCGGCUUUCGAAGCCAGGCUGCCAAUGCACCCCAGGACGAGAUGAUGAAUGGUUUCCUCAAUGGAGCUCCAAAUCUUCAGCAAGAGUUCCCCAUGCAGGCAGGCCCUGCACUGAACCCGGCACAACAGGCUCCGAUGCGUGCCAGCUCAGCGUCGCCGUCAUGGGCACAAGACUUCAACGGUCAGCCCGGCAUGGAGUCGGCUUUCAAGCCUCCUCCCGGAGCUCACUUCUCGUCCGAUGAAUUUGCCCGAUUCCAGCAGUUGAACGGUCAAGCAUCGUCGGCCAGGUCCAGUCCAAUGCAAAGCACAAACAUGUCGAGCCAGAUGCCGCAGCGGCCAAUGAUGGGCGUUGGCAUGAUGAAUAUGGGGAUGGGAUACGGCCAGACCAUGUUCCAGCCCAUGUAUCAGAACCAACCGCUCCAACAUCAACAGCCGCAGCAGCAGCAACAGCCCGAGGGCAAAGGCAAAGGCAAGUUGGUCGAGCUGGAUGACAGCAAAUGGGAGGAGCAGUUUGCGCAGCUCGAGCUGCAGGACCAAGAGGCCGCGAAGCUCAAGGAAAAUGAGCACGACGAGGCCAAUGCCGCCGAGCGGGAGCUUGAUGAGAUUGACAGAGCAAUGCAAUCUGAAACUAAUGAGUUUGGUGACUUCGAAUCCCUUUGGAAAGGAAUCCAAGCUGAGACGGCUGCUGCUAGAUCCCUGGUCAACGACGAGACCUUUUUCGAUCAGUUCGAUACCGAAUGGAGCAACGAGAACAUACCCGCCGACUUCUCCAUGGGAGACUGGGGCCGAUUCGGCGACCCUGUGGUCGAGAGCUACCUGUUUGAACAAGAAAACUUCUUCCGCGACGAAAAGAACGCAUUCGACGAGGGUGUCCGGGUGAUGAAGGAGGGCGGAAACCUGUCGCUUGCCGCCUUGGCAUUCGAGGCCGCGGUGCAGCAGAACCCCAACCACACCGAGGCGUGGGUGUACCUGGGCAAGGCACAGGCUCAAAAUGAAAAGGAAACAGCAGCCAUUCGUGCCAUGGAGCAGGCGUUGAAGUUGGACCCGAACAACCUGGAGGCAUUGAUGGGCUUGGCCGUGUCAUACACCAACGAGGGCUACGACAGCACCGCCUACAGGACGCUGGAGCGCUGGCUUUCCGUCAAGUACCCCAACAUCUUGGAUCCCAAAGACCUGCACCCGGCGGCCGAGAUGGGCUUCACAGACCGUCAGAUUCUUCACGAGAAGGUGACGAAGCUGUUUAUCGAGGCAGCUCGGCUCAGUCCCGACGGCGAGCACAUGGACCCUGACGUCCAGGUUGGUCUCGGCGUGUUGUUUUACGGUGCAGAGGAAUACGACAAGGCCGUGGACUGCUUUCAGUCGGCGCUGCACUCAUCCGAGCUCGGCACAUCAAACCAACAAGAGCAAGUCCAUCUACUCUGGAACCGACUUGGUGCGACGCUUGCCAACAGCGGCCGGUCAGAGGAAGCCAUCGCGGCAUACGAACACGCCCUUUCUCUGUCUCCCAACUUUGUUCGAGCCCGCUACAACCUUGGUGUCAGCUGCAUCAAUAUAAACUGCCACCAAGAGGCCGCCUCGCACUUCCUAGCUGCGUUGGAAAUGCACAAGUCCAUUGAAAAGUCUGGACGAAGCAAAGCGCACGAAAUUCUCGGCGACAAUGCCGGUAGCAAUGUUGAUGAGGUUAUUGACAGAAUGUCUGCACAGAACCGCAGCAGCACAUUAUACGAUACUCUGCGGCGCGUGUUUACUCAGAUGGGACGCAGAGAUUUGGCGGAAAAGACGGUUGCUGGCGUUGACCCUGAUAUUUUCCGACCAGAGUUUGACUUUUAG